GGUAUACUUGAACUCUAUUGCACCGGGAGGAAGGGGAAGCAUGGCUGACAUCAUGGAACUGGUAUGCCCUUUUUCCUGAAAGAGUCUCCAUCUUCAACCCAAUUCUGUUUCAGGCUCUCACCAAUUGUUGCUUUUGCCACUAACAUGCUAGAUCAAGCAAAUAAAUUGUUUUACUCACCGGAAGAAAGUGCCAAUAUCAAUGCUGUUUGGGCAUCACUAAUUAUUGAAGAAUGCUCCCGACUUGGUUUGAGAUAUUUUUGUAUAGCACCUGGAUCAAGGUCUUCCCCUCUUGCUGUUGCUGCAUCUAGUCAUGCAUUAAUCACAUGUAUUUCAUGUUUUGAUGAACGCUCUCUCGCAUUUCACGCUGUUGGAUAUGGAAGAGGAUCUCACAUUCCAGCAGUAGUCAUAACAUCAUCAGGGACUGCAGUUUCAAAUCUUCUUCCUGCUGUUGUGGAGGCUAGUCAAGAUUUUGUACCACUUAUUUUACUUACAGCUGAUCGACCUCCAGAGCUGCAGGAAUGUGGAGCAAAUCAAGCAAUUUAUCAGGUUAACCAUUUUGGUUCUUUUGUGAGGUAUUUCUUCAAUCUUCCUACUCCCACGGAUCAGAUUCCAGCAAAGAUGGUACUUACUACAGUGGAUUCUGCUGUUCACUGGGCUACUUCUACACCACGUGGUCCAGUCCAUAUUAACUGCCCUUUCAGAGAACCAUUGGAAAACAGUCCCAGCGAAUGGAAAUCAAGCUGUUUGAAAGGCCUAGACUUUUGGAUCACUAAUGGUGAACCAUAUACAAAGUACAUUCAUAUGCAGCAGUCUUGUAGAUUUAAUAAUGCAACUGGCCAAUUGAUUGACAUUUUAAAUUUGAUUCAAAGGGCCAAAAGUGGCCUUCUUGUCAUUGGUGCCAUCCAUACGGAGGAUGAGAUAUGGGCUGCUCUUCAUUUGGUUAAACACCUCAUGUGGCCUGUUGUGACAGAUAUCCUUUCUGGACUGCGGUUAAGGAAGCAUUUCACUUCUUUUCCUGAUAUUGAAGGAAACUUUAUAUUUGUUGAUCAUCUUGAUCAUGCUCUGUUCUCCAAGUCUGUCAGAGAAUGGUUAGAGAUUGAUAUGGUUAUUCAGAUUGGAAGUAGAAUAACUAGCAAACGAAUCUGUCAGAUGCUUGAUGAAUGUGUCCCCUUUUCAUACAUUAUGGUUGACAAGAACCCAAACCGUCAGGAUCCUUCACAUAUUGUGACUCAUCGUGUACAAAGUUCCAUUGUUGGCUUUGUGGAUUUUUUACUAAAGGCUAGAGUUCCUCAUUCAAGGAGCAAGUUGGCCACUUCCUUACAAGUUUUGAGUAAGAUGGUUGAAUGGGAAAUACAGUUUCAAAUAUGUAUUGAGUGUUCGCUGACAGAACCUCAUGUUGCUCAUGUAAUGUCCAAUGCUCUUUCCUCUGAAUCUGCUCUCUUUCUUGGGAACAGCAUGCCAAUACGUGAUGCAGAUAUGUAUGGGCAUAGUAAGUUGAUAUGCAGUGAAAGUGUUACGUCUCUCAUGUUAAAUUCAGACAUACCAUUUAGCUGGAUAAGGGUGGCUGGCAAUAGAGGGGCUAGUGGUAUUGAUGGACUACUUAGCACGGCCAUUGGCUUUGCUGUAGGAUGCAACAAAAAGGUGUUUUGCGUGAUUGGAGAUGUUUCUUUUCUCCACGACACAAAUAGUCUGGCAAUUUUGAAUCAGAGUAAAUUAAGGGAACCGAUGACAAUACUUGUGUUAAACAAUCAUGGAGGUGGAAUUUUCAGUUUUCUUCCUCUGGCAAAUAAAACUGAACCCAGUAUACUGCAUCAGUAUUUUCACACCUCUCAUAACAUUUCAAUUGGAAAGUUAUGCUUGGCUCAUGGUAUAAAACACUUACAUGCCCAGACAAAGGUGGAACUAGAGGAUGCUUUAUUUGCAGCACAAAAUGAAGACAAGGACUGUUUAAUUGAAAUUGAAAGUUCCAUUGAUGGCAACGCAAAUUUUCACAGUAUUCUAAGAAAGUUUGCCCUCCAGACAGCAGAGAACACAAUAAGAUUACUCUCAGCUUCUCUUAGCCAAAGCUCUAUAAAAGAUGAGUUCUUGUACUUCAAGGUGCAUAAAAUAGAGUGUUCCCAAUAUAGAAUUGCACUAUGUGCUCCUCCAACUUCAACAUCUCUGGGUCACGAUCAGAAAGAUUUCUAUAGAGGAGGCUUUAUCUUAUCUCUAUUUCUUGAAGAUGGAAGUGUGGGUUUUGGUGAGAUUGCUCCUCUUGAGAUCCACAGGGAAAAUCUGGAAGAUGCGGAAAAUCAACUUAGGUUUCUUAUGCAUGCCAUGAAAGGGGUUAAAAUUAGUUGCUUCUUAUCUCUACUGAAGGGCUCGUUUUCGCGUUGGAUAUGGAAUGAGUUGGGUAUUUUGCCUUCUUCUAUCUUUCCAAGUGUCAGAUGUGGUUUGGAAAUGGCCAUAUUGAAUGCCAUAGCUAAUGCAAGAGGAUCCAGUUUAUUAGACAUACUGCAUUCCUGGACGAAUGAAAAAGACAAAUAUCAAAGUUCAACGAAAGUUCAGGUUUGUGCUCUACUUGAUUCAAAUGGAUCUCCGGCUGAAGUAGCUAGUGUAGCUGCUGCGCUUGUUGAGGAAGGAUACUCAGCAAUUAAACUAAAGGUGGCUCGAUGGGGCGACCCUAUUCACUCUGCUCUAAUUAUACAAGAAGUGAGAAAGAAAGUUGGUUACCACAUUGACAUCCGUGCAGAUGCAAACCGAAGAUGGAAUUAUGAAGAAGCCAUGGAAUUCAGCUCUUUUGUGAAGGAUUGUGGCCUGCAGUAUAUUGAGGAGCCUGUUCAAGAUGAAGAUGACAUUCUCAAGUUCUGCGAAGAAAGUGGCUUACCUGUUGCCCUGGAUGAAACAGUAGAUAACAUUCAUGAAAAUCAUCUGGAAAAGCUAGCGAGGUUUUCUCACCCCAGAAUAGUGGCUAUUGUUAUCAAGCCAAGCAUUGUUGGUGGAUUUGAGAAUGCAGCAUUAAUUGCCCAGUGGGCUCGGCAGCUGGGAAAGAUGGCUGUUAUCAGUGCUGCAUUUGAAAGCAGCCUAAGUUUGUCUGCAUACGUGCAGUUUUCUUAUUAUAUUGAUAUGCAAAAUGCAAGUAGAUUCACAGUGUCACACAAUAAGGUGGUCCCGUCUGUAGCUCAUGGUCUGGGAACCUAUCGUUGGCUUAAGGAAGACAUAACAACUAAUCCCGUCUUAAUAGACCGUAGUCCACACAGUAAGUUUAUUGAAGCAUCAGUGGCUGAUGCUAGACAACUGUUAAAGAAUUUUCAAGUCAACCAGAAUGUGAUCAAUAAUGUUAUAACGGAGGAUCAAGUUCAUACGUACCAACUGACUGUAGAACUUGACAAUGUCUCUUGUCUCUUUCGAGUUCAAGAGAUUGGACAAAAGAAUGACGAUAAUGUUAUGGUAUUUCUUCACGGUUUUCUUGGGACUGGCGAUGACUGGAUUGCUAUCAUGAAGGCUAUAUCAGGAUCAGCAAGGUGCAUCUCGGUUGAUCUUCCUGGUCAUGGAAAAUCAAUAAUAAACACUGUAAAAAUUCCUGGACAGGAACCGUGCUUAUCUCUGGAGAUAGUUGCCGGUUUAUUACAUAAUCUAAUCGAUCAUAUCACCCCGGCAAAGGUUACUCUCGUUGGGUAUUCAAUGGGAGCAAGGAUUGCAUUAUACAUGGCAUUGAAAUUUGGUUUCAAGGCUAAAGGAGCUGUCCUUAUAUCUGGGAGCCCUGGAUUAAAUGAUAAAUUGGCAAGGAAAAUUCGUGCCGCUAAAGAUGUUUCCAGAGCAUGCUCCAUGGUUGCACAUGGGCUACAACUUUUUCUUGAAUCCUGGUAUGCAGGAGAGCUGUGGAGAAGCUUUCGAAGCCACCCUCAUUUCAAUCGAAUAAUUGCAAGCCGCUUACAGCAACACGAUGUGCAGAGUCUUGCAAAGAUGCUGUCUGGCUUAAGCAUAGGGAAGCAACCUUCGCUGUGGGAAGAUUUGAAGAAUUGCAGAAUGCCUCUUCUGCUCAUGUACGGAGAGAAGGAUACUAAAUUUAAGAAAACUACUGAGGCAAUGAUCAACACAAUGUGCUCAGGGCAGGAAAAAUGCAACAAUAUUCAUGAAGUGGUUGAGGUUCCCAUCACUGGCCAUGCUGUCCAUCUGGAGAACCCUCUUUCAAUCAUUUCUGCCUUGAGACACUUCAUGACCAGGUUAUCAAUGUUGAAUUAAGUUGUCAAAUUUGGGAAGAUCAGAACACCAUGUGACGUCUUGUAUUAUGUACUACAAAGAAGAGUUACUAAUGCAAGAUAAGCCAAGCUAUU